UAUGCUAUUAUUGUAUAUGUGUAUUGCGUGGCCACCAAAAGCCUCUUCCCAACACUUAGGUCAUGAUCACACUACCACGUAUUCUCGCAGCUGUUCUUAGUGGAUUUCUUCUUCACAAGAAUGCAUGCAUUGCAGCACUAGCAUUUGAUUUGCCUUUCAAUUACGGACUGUCUCUCCUUCUGUUUUUUAUUCAUUUGAUUAGCAAUGUAUCUGCUGACACUGGGGAUGGUUACUUAUGGAUCUAUAUAUGUAUGGUUGUGUCUUCUCAAUCCUUUUCCAAGGCAGGCGCCCAGGAAUGGGUAUCCAUGCUAAAUCUCAUCUCUGUUGACUUGUUCACAGUAACGAUUCUUCUGAACAUUAUGAAUAUAUUUGAUUUAUCUUUUUUUUUUUUUUUUUUCUGAUUUGAUAUUGAUUUUAGCCCUUAAUCAGCUGGGAUAUAUACUAAGCCAUCUGAUUUAUCAAUUAGUUAGAAUUUCAAGCUGACGAGUUUUAUUGCUGUUGAGUGCUUCAACCGAACAUUAUGAACACUGUAUUGAUUUGAUACGUCUGUGUGAUUUGGUCCCAGCAACCUUUUAUAGUUGCCAGUACGAUAGAUUAUCAGAUAUGUUCCUACAAUUUUGUGCAGUGAUCACUAAUAAGUAUAUAGCACUAAUAAGUGAUCACUUGUGUUAAAACUUAUAGCUUUGAUAGUAUAAUAAUCAAUGUUAUUAGAUAUGAUCUGGACAUUGAUCUAGUUAAGUUUCUGGUUCAUCCAGUGGACAUUAUCAGUAAGACUGUUGUGUUCAUUGUGCUAUAAUUAAUAUGAAUAUACGCUACAACAUAUGAAUCAAACAUGGAUAAUAAAUUGUGAAGUUGUAAAUUUAAAUUUUUGAGGUUCUUGCUAAUGUGCUUGGUGUUCUGAUAAAAUCAUCAUGACGAUCUCAAAAUGUAUUAGAAAACCAUUAGAAAUUUACGUAUUGCUUUGAUCUUCUAGCUACUGUAUGUUCUAGAUAGUGAAAGAAGUACUAAGUUUUUUUCUAGCUACAUCACUCAAAAUCCCUCGCAUCUUGAGAAUUUAAUUUGUUUUUUUGUGUAACUCGUGGCAAAGCUAACGCCUAUAUAUAGAUAGGCAAAAUGGCAAAAAUAUAUGUUCAGAAGCAAGACAUUGGCUUGUCUUCUAUACCCAACAAUUGGGAAAAGAUAUGGAAGACCAGGCACAAAACCUUGUGCAUGGAAACAUACAGUUAGCAGAAAGAGUAGCACCACCACCGGCAACAAACCUAGAGCUGACAGUGGAGGAGGUGGUGGAGGAGUAUGUAGGGUCCUUCGGGUGGUCACAGUUUUUACAUGUGCUCUUGGUUUCACUAGCAUGGAUAUUUGAUUCACAGAACACAUUGGUUACCAUCUUCAGUGAUGCCCAACCAUCUGCUUGGAGAUGCAUAAAUAAUUCAUCGUCGUCUCUGUGCUUGUCUAGUAGCAGCAAUGGUGAUGCCUCUUCUGUUUGUGGACUGAUGCCAGACACUUGGGAAUGGGUCAGUGGCCAUACAAGUUCCAUUAUUGCUGAAUGGGGUCUCAUUUGUGACCGCAGGUUCCUUGCUGCUAUACCUGCGUCACUGUUCUUUCUUGGUUCCCUCUUAGGUUCUGCAUUUUUUGGCCACCUAGCAGACGCAUCCCUGGGCCGAAAAAGAACAGUGCUACUCUCAUGUCUCUUAACCUCUGUCACUGCUUUCCUUACAUCCCUCUCACCGAACAUCUGGGUAUAUUCUUUGCUUCGAUUCGCAAAUGGUUUUUCUCGAUCUGGAAUAGGAAUCUGCUGUAUUGUUCUAGCUACAGAAGUGGUCGGACGAAAAAGGCGGGGUCCUGUUAGUCAAUUUGGCUUCUUUUUCUUUACUGCAGGAUUUCUUUCCCUGCCUUUAAUUGCCUAUCAUACAAGAACAAAUUGGAGGAAUUUAUACAAGAUUUUAUCACUUCUCCCUCUAGCCUACUCUGUCUUGUUCUUCCCUUUUGUCUCAGAAUCUCCGCGCUGGCUUCUUGUUAGGGGAAGGAGCGAAGAAGCCCUUGAUGUUUUGAAAAAUUUCGCAAGGCUUAAUGGCAAGACACUGCCCGAAAACCUCUGUCUUGCCAAUCCGUCAGCAGCGGGAGAGGGUGGUGAAAAUGAAGCGUUGACAAAAAAUUGCACAGAAGAAAGCCUGUGGAGGACAAAAUGGGCUGCUAAAAGAAUGAUCACAGUAAUGAUAGCAGGUUUCGGAGUUGGUUUUGUUUACUAUGGUGUUCAACUGAAUAUUGAGAACCUGAAUUUCAACCUUUAUUUCUCUGUUGGACUCAACGCAUUGAUGGAGGUUCCUGCAGUUGUCAUCGGUACUAUACUCUUGGGCCUCACUGGCCGGCGACUUCUCUUCUCUCUCUCUGCUUUUCUAGCUGGGAUUUCUUGCCUUCUUUGCAUCCUUUUCGCUCAUGGAAAACGCGCAAAGAACGCUGACAAAUCCAGUACUGGGAAUUGGGCUCAACUGGCUAUUGAAGGAAUUGGUUUCAUGGCUGCUUCAGUAGCAUUCGAUGUCUUGUAUGUUUAUUGCGUUGAGCUAUUCCCAACCAAUGUGAGAAACUUUGCUGUGUCGCAAUCAAGACAAGCCUUGAUGUUGGGUGCUUCAAUAGCACCAUUGCUGGUUGCUGCCGGUCGCUUAAGUCCAUCUCUUUCUUUCCUCGUAUUUGGGAUCCUCUCCAUUUUUAGUGGAGUUAUAAGUUGGUGGCUACCUGAGACAAGAAACGCUCCUCUUUAUGACACUUUGAAGCAACAAGAAGAAGAUGAGAAAAACAAAGUUGGGAGUCAAAUUACUCAAGCAUAGAGCCUAUUGUAAAGUAUAUGGAAAAAUAAAAUAAAAAAUACUAGUGCUUUUCCAUAUGUAUGUAUGAUAUAGUGCUCUUACAAAAAUUCCUGCUUGUAAUUCAAAUUUCAAUGGUGGAAAGUGUGAUCAUGUCACAAAUUAAGGAUUUUAAUUUAUAUUUUCAUGUAUCACAGUACCAUAUUUCUUAUAAAAUAUCCUCGUAUAACUAAAAUAAAGAUAUAUCUAAAUAAAAAUAUUAUUGUUGUUAUUUAAA